GGACGCGAGAUUUCUCUUCGAGGCCGCAGCUUAGGGAAUGCCGGGAAGGACGACCACGGUGAUGCGUGUAGAAGAGCAAGUGGUAAGUGCAGGAUACACUGUGACAGUACUUCUCCGAGCGUACGUAGACGAGGACUUGACAGCGAGUGAGUGCAGACAACGGGCUAGGGAUUUGAUCGACGAGCGCAGAGCUGAUGUACUGGCACGGGUGACCUUCCAGACCUCGAUUUCCUAUGAUGUGAUGAUAUGGUCUCAUGGUUAUAUGCGCGCGGAGAACUACCACGAUGAGACGGUAGCGGAGGCUAGAGCGAGGGUGAGAGGAUAUGAGAGAUCGGACCGAGAUGGAUAUAGGGACGACAGAUACGAGAGGUCGGGUCGAGAUGGCUACAGAGGAAGUAGAUAUGAGAGAGGAGAUCGGGAAUGGGAACGACAAGAUGGGUCGCGCGGAUGGUUUGCGCGCGGGGGAGAUGCGAGAGAGCACCACGACGAGUCGCGGGGGUGGUACAACCGAGGGGACCGACGCGAUGAGUCACGAGGACGAUAUAACUCGGGGGACCGCGGGCGGUAUGACCAAGGAGGGUUUGGAGGAGACCGGCGCAACGAUCCGCGCGGUCGGAAUGAGAGAGGGGGAUAUGGCGUCUCAUCAGAACCAUAUCCAAAGUCGCCUGACCCCAAGGCGGCCAGGAAUUCGAUUUCUAGAGGUGCAGACGACAAGGCAUCUACUCCCAGGAACUCAUGCGUCUACUGUAGAGGAGAAGAUCAUAUCAAGAGGGAUUGCCCGGACCUCAAACGGGCAAUAGAAGAGGGACUUGUCGUGCUUGACGACCUCAAAUACGUCAAGUGGGCAGAUGAUUUCGGAGAUGUAUCGAUGUUCCCUUCGAUGAAGGAGAAUGUUGAAGCAAGGAGAAUAAAGACGAGUAAAGGAAUGGAGCCGGUCGGGAGCCAGAGCAUCAAGAUAACCUUUGAGGGGAACAUGGAGACCACACCCACAAGGGUGGGAGCCACCAAGUCGGCGAAAGCGUUUACAUCGAAGAGAACUGACACGGAUUACGUGAUGGCGGAGAAGGACGGGCAGCGGGUCGAUGGAGAAGAGGUUAUCCUUUCGCCGCGAAAGCGGGGAGUCAAGAAGUUCUUAAUGAAGAGUUCGUUGGACGAGAUUGACACGGUUGAGGCACUAGGCGGGCCCUUCGGCAACCUAUGCAGUGCUCUAUUCUGGAAAGUUCUAAAGCUCGCGAUAAAGGCAGAGGCAGACGAUUACAAGGACUUGGUGUGGAGAGGGAUGAGGAGACGUGACUUCUCUCUCUACAAGGAGUAUGCCACUGAUAGAUGUCAUGAUUUCAAGGACUAUCCCUGGUCGGAGAAGAAUGAGGCCGUGGCUGAGGAAGUGAAGAAGAUAUGGGACAUGGUGAAGGGAUUAACGAGACAGAGUCGACGAGAUGGAUAUAGGGACAACAGAUAUGAGAGAUCGGACCGAGAUGGAUAUAGGGACGACAGAUACGAGAGGUCGGGUCGAGAUGGCUACAGAGGAAGUAGAUAUGAGAGAGGAGAUCGGGAAUGGGAACGACAAGAUGGGUCGCGCGGAUGGUUUGCGCGCGGGGGAGAUGCGAGAGAGCACCACGACGAGUCGCGGGGGUGGUACAACCGAGGGGACCGACGCGAUGAGUCACGAGGACGAUAUAACUCGGGGGACCGCGGGCGGUAUGACCAAGGAGGGUUUGGAGGAGACCGGCGCAACGAUCCGCGCGGUCGGAAUGAGAGAGGGGGAUAUGGCGUCUCAUCAGAACCAUAUCCAAAGUCGCCUGACCCCAAGGCGGCCAGGAAUUCGAUUUCUAGAGGUGCAGACGACAAGGCAUCUACUCCCAGGAACUCAUGCGUCUACUGUAGAGGAGAAGAUCAUAUCAAGAGGGAUUGCCCGGACCUCAAACGGGCAAUAGAAGAGGGACUUGUCGUGCUUGACGACCUCAAAUACGUCAAGUGGGCAGAUGAUUUCGGAGAUGUAUCGAUGUUCCCUUCGAUGAAGGAGAAUGUUGAAGCAAGGAGAAUAAAGACGAGUAAAGGAAUGGAGCCGGUCGGGAGCCAGAGCAUCAAGAUAACCUUUGAGGGGAACAUGGAGACCACACCCACAAGGGUGGGAGCCACCAAGUCGGCGAAAGCGUUUACAUCGAAGAGAACUGACACGGAUUACGUGAUGGCGGAGAAGGACGGGCAGCGGGUCGAUGGAGAAGAGGUUAUCCUUUCGCCGCGAAAGCGGGGAGUCAAGAAGUUCUUAAUGAAGAGUUCGUUGGACGAGAUUGACACGGUUGAGGCACUAGGCGGGCCCUUCGGCAACCUAUGCAGUGCUCUAUUCUGGAGUGUGCCUCCAGACAAGUUUUAUAUACUUGGUAGCGGAGCCGUGGAGACGAUUAUAAACGAUGGAGCGGUAAUCGAUGCUGUGAUUGAUAACGGCAGUGAGGCUGUCAUCAUAGACGAGGACCUGGCGGUACAAGUCGAACUGGGCCUCGAUAGGUCAUACCUAUUCGAGAUAGAGACGGUUGAUGGGAGAAAGCAACGGAUCACUGGAGUUUGUCACAAGGCAGCCAUAGAGGUCCAAGGGGUACGAGUGACCCUGCCUGUCUUUGCAGUCAAAAACUCCAGCUCCGACCUGCUCUUGGGUCGAACGUGGCUGAGCCACGUGCAUGCGGUGACGAUAGAGCGACCUGAUGGGAGCCAAACAUUGUCCAUUAAGAAGCCAGACGGGACGCGGGUAAUGAUUGAGACAGUGGAGCCUCGGGACCCGAGGAACAGAGCAGCUCUCGCUGUGGGUGCAAGACCCAGUGAUCAGAUUAAGUCUUUACCCAUCUCCGGCCGCGCGGUGCGAUUUCGCGAGAAGAGAUAUGGACCACUGCUCACAGAGGAAGAAGGWAGGAUGRUGGAGGYAGAAGAUUUAGGAAGCCGGCUAAUAGUGGACGGCAACUCGUACCCGAAGGGAAAAGAUGAGGAAUUUGGCGGUGUGGUAUCCGUGUCUUUUUUAAGGCCACGGCCCCCUAUGGGAAACUCCUUAAGCGACACAAGCGAGUAGCUCAAAAAGUUAAGCCAACGGCGGUGGGUUGCGAGCGAUCGACACUGGAAGGGGUAUCAGAAGAAGAGAUCGCGAAAGAAAUCAAAGAAAGAAAGAAAA